CAGAGAAUUCAAUUGUAGCGAACUGUCAAAACUGUAUGUAUCAUUGAGUGAGAUACGUCAAGAGACAAAAUAGUAUACAAGCUCAAAAAAUUUCAAUUGUGCACUAAUUUGCCAUUACAAAUCCAAUCGAAUCGACAUCAAAAUGACAUCAAUGCUUCUAACUAUUUUUUUUUUUGAAUAGUUUUCUUUAAUUUUCUGUUCACAACUCACGAAAAGAAAAAAGCCCAGUUGAAAGAGAGUUCGCAAAUUGUUUGUUGUUUAUGUUGUGUGUUGAAUGCCGUCGCCCAUUGUCGACUCACAAACAUUGACUGAUUCGGUUCACAGUUUUGAUAUCUUAAGUUCACGAAUGAUAUGCUCAUUUUGAGUCUCAAUAUCAAAAAUACACGCGCAUAAACCAUUGUGGAUUAUCGGUACAAUUUCCAGAAAUUCUAGAUAAAAUUGUGAUAUUCUUCUUAUCGUCAGAAAAUGGCCAUUUUCGAAUGGAGAAAAUUCAAUUUCUUCGAUCUGAAGACCAACGCCGACCACGGUAAACUGGGCGAAGUGCUGAAGGAGGCGACCAUUAAAUGCACGACAAAUGGAAAUAAUCAAAUAAUCAUUUGCGAUUCAUAUGGCUGUAUACACAUUUUCGAUCGCAACUGGGAGGCGUCUACAUUCAAAGGUCACGUCGGACCCAUCGAACUCUGUGAAUUAUCGCGGCAACAUAAUCUUCUAAUUACUGUCGGUAAAGAUGACAACGGAACGUUGCCCGUGUUCAAAAUAUGGAAUUUAUCCAAGGCGUCCAGUGUGAAUGGCGGAAUCUCAAUGCCAUGCGUUCGAACCGAAAAAAUAAUACUGCAAAAACCAACGGCAAUUGCUGUAUCGGAAAAUGGACACUAUUUUGCCAUUGGUUUUGAUCGUGGUACCAUUUCAUUGUAUCGCGGUGACAUCAGCCGAGAUCGAACGAAAAAUUUGAAAACCAUUUCGGUCGGCACAACACCAAUCACCGGCAUUGCGUUUAAACAACACGCCAAAACCGUACAAAUGUUUGUUUGCUCUGAAUCGGGCGUUCUUGUCUAUAAUCUGCAGAGCAAAGACCGAGAAGUGAAAACAGUGCUCGAUAAAACGGUCGCACCAACACGAUGCUGUGCCUUACAAACGGCUCACGGAACCAAUGAAACACAUUUCAUGGUCGGAAGAGAUGAUGCUGUUUAUUGUUACACGAUUGAUGGUCGAGGUCCUUGUUAUGCACUUGAAGGGGAAAAAUCCAUCAUUCAAUGGUUUCGAUCGCAUUUGCUAACCAUUUCAAAGCCAACCAAAAACACUAUGUCGUUACAAAAAGAAUCUGUGCUGACGGUAAUUGAUAUUCUAAAUAAGUUCAUCGUAUUUUCGACGCCAAUCGAAUCAACGGCCGCCAUUCUCAUUGAGUUUGGAACGUGUUUCAUAAUAACGGGCAAUAAAAUGGUGUAUCAUCUCGAUGAAAAAGAUUUGCAGAGCAAAUUGAGUUUAUUGUUUAAAAAGAAUUUGUACGAUAUUGCUGUUCGGAUAGCGAAAAGUAGUCAACAUGAUCCCGAAGGAUUGGCCGAUAUUUUUAAGCAAUACGGUGACCAUUUGUAUGGCAAAGGUGAUUUUUCCGGUGCCGUUGAUCAGUACAUCAAAACCAUUGGAUACUUGGAACCAUCGUAUAUUAUUCGACGCUUCUUGGACUCAAGACACAUCAAUUAUUUGACAGAUUAUCUGCAGGCGUUGCAUAAGCAGGGCAAAGCAACCGCCGAUCACACAACUCUUCUACUCAACUGUUUCACUCGUCUUGACAAAACGGAUCAACUCAAAGAGUUCCUGAGCAACGAUCAAAAUCCCGAUUUGAUGUUCGAUUUGGAUGUGGCGAUCAAAGUGUGUCGAAAUGCAUCGGUUGAGCAUGCUUUAGUGUUGGCCAAGCGUAACCUCAAGCACGAUUCAUGCAUCAGUAUUUUGACAGAGGAUAUGUUUGCGUAUAAUGAAGCGUUGGAUUACAUUGCCGAAUUGCCGUUCGAACAUGCGCAGCAAAAUUUAAAGAAAUUCGGUAAUGUGCUCAUGAAAAAUUGCCCCGCACGAACAACCGAAUUACUUAAAAAACUAUGCACGGAUUACUAUCAAUCGCAGAGGAAUGAGAACGGUGAUGCACGUGACUCUGGUCUGAAUGACAUCGGUGCCAAUCAUUUAAUAAAUGAUACUUUGAAUAAUCUUUUCUUCGACGCAUCGCCACAAAUCGAUCGUGCAAAUCCCGAAGACUUCAUUCAUCUGUUUACCAAAGCAUCUCCAGAGCUUCUGAUUGACUUUCUCGAGCAUUUACUGACGAACAUGAGUAAAUGCUCGCAAUUGGUGUACAACACACUGAUCGAACACUAUUUACGGAGCUGGAAAACCGAUGAGCGGGCCGAAAAACGAUUGCUGGAAAUUCUUCGUCGAACAUCCAGCAGCGAUGAACCCAGUCUGCCGUAUGAUCGCAAUCAUGUUCUCAUUCUGUGCAGCACAUACGAGUUUUGGCCCGGAAUUAUGUACAUCUAUGAAGAGCAGCAAUUAUAUCACUUGAUCGUGCGUUAUUAUUUGAAAAUUGGUGAUUAUAACAAUUUGAUCCAGAGUUGCAAGCGACUAGGCAAAAUGCAACCAUCACUGUGGCUACAGGCAUUGACUGGCCUUCGUGAUAACAAAAAUGCACCAUCCAAUUUGCUGUCUCAAGUGUUACAAGUUAUCGCUCAAGAGAAGCUGCAAUCACCACUUCAGGUGCUCGAGUGUGUGGCAGUUGAAAAUGGACCAAAUUUAUCAGCCGUUCGGGAUUAUUUUUUGCAAGUAUUCCAAAAGAACAAUGAAUCAGCGAAAAAUGAAGAAGAAUUGGUUGAGAAAUACCGAAAAGAUUCGAUUAAAUUGCGAGAACACAUCAAGCAAUUGAACGAACGGCCAAUCGAAUUCCGAGGCACACUUUGCGAUACAUGCAAUCAGCCAUUGACCAUGCCAUCGAUAUAUUUCCUGUGUCAACAUGCUUAUCACCAAGAUUGCCUUCGUGGCUAUUCGGAGAAUGACAAAGAUUGUCCGAUGUGCCGUGCAAAGAAUUCGCAGUUAAUCGACGCGCUGCAGGCGCAAAGUGAAUCUCGCGCACAACAUGAGACCUUUCACAAUCUUUUGAAUCGAUCGAACGAGCCAUUCUCGGUAGUUGCAGAAUACUUUGGACAUGGAAUGUUCAAUAAAAUCUUUAUCGUUGAAGAGCCGGAUGAAGUUAGUCAAGAUGUAAUCAAGGCGGUGCAAAAGCAGCAAACACAGCACGUUGAACCAAGUCCAUAUGAUAGGUAUGGUGCUGGAGCAGAGUCAAAGGUUCGCCUGGAAGAAGCCAGUGCGCUCAGCGUUAAAAAAGCAAAUCCGGGCUACUAUGCGGCUCCGUUGCCCGAGGGUCGAAUGCGAGCACAAGAGCAAUCCCGAUAUGUGUCGCCCGAAGUACGAUCGCAAGAUUUUGAGCGUCGUCAUGUAAAACCGGUUCAGGAUAACCGAAGACCACUUGCAAAUGCAACGAAAAGCAAUGCAACGAGGCCAGUGGCAGCGGCAGCGCCAACGCUAACGCCGAAAAAUCCAUUCGACGAAGACGAUGAAAAUAGUGACAAAUAUGAUGAAUCGAAAAAUCCAUUCGCCGACGAUGAUGAUGAUUCACCGAAAACGGAAGUAGCCAAAGAAACAAGCGAUAAUGACAAUCCGUUUGGCGAAUACGAUAACAAUUUGAAUCCAUUUGAAUGAAUCGCCCAAAUUUCUCGCUCUCCCUGUCUGUAGACCACCUGUCAUCAGCCUAUACCGUGAGAUAAAUUAACAUCUUGUCGUCACAACAAACAUUCCACAAACACAACGACAUUGGAGAAGGUAUUUGCGGUAGUUGAACCGGAGAUUCCGUGAAAUUAAAUGUGUUACAUUGAGAACCGCAAAAUUCAAAAUAUGCACUUUUUCUGCAUCAUCGUCUCUUCACACUCAAUAUUAUAGCGACAUCUAUUAUUAAAAUAGCUUGUAGUAAAUGCACUUAUAGCAUUUCCCUGUAGUUGCGAUGUUUCCUAUUAAGUUCCCUUGUAGUACUGACACAUUCAUGUUUGACACUUGUUAACUACAUACCACAGGGGAAUUUAAUUGGUAACAUCGCAACUACAGUGAAAUGCUAUGAAUGCGUUUACUACAAGCUAUUUUAAUAAUAGAUGUCGCUAUAAUAUUGAGUGUGUUGAAAUUUUGUUACUAUGUAUUGUAAUUUGUAAUUAAUCGAGAUUAAAUUAAACCAAAUAUUCAUUGAAAAUGGAAA